GUCGCUGGAGCACCAUCAUAAACAACAGAAAAGAGGGACCCAGGAGUGCCUGGGAGCUCCUCCUCCUCCCCCCGCCUCCCUCCUCCUCCUCCUCCUUUCUGGGUGCUGCUGGGAGUUGUAGUUUGGGCUCAGGAAGUAUGGAGAGGACCAUGGCUAGCAGCUCGGUGCUGGGCGAGAUUGGGUUUUGGGUGGACAGGACGCCGGUUCAUGAGGCGGCCAGGAGAGGGGAGAUCCUCCAGCUGCAGGAGCUCAUUGCCAACGGCGCCUGCGUCAACCUGGUCACGUACGAUUCCAUCACGCCGUUGCACGAAGCCAGCUUGCGCGGACAGACGCAGUGCGUGCAAAUGCUCCUAGCUGCGGGAGCCCAGGUGGAUGCCCGGAACAUAGAUGGCAGCACCCCUCUAUGUGAUGCCUGCGCCUCUGGGAGCAUCGACUGUGUGAAAGUGUUGCUCUCGCACGGGGCCAAAGUCAACCCUCCGCUCUACACAGCCUCCCCGCUCCACGAGGCCUGCAUGAACGGCAGCGCUGAGUGCGUGCGUCUCCUUAUUGAUGUCGGUGCCAACCUGGAAGCUCACGAUUGUCACUUUGGGACGCCUUUGCACGUGGCGUGCGCUAGAGAGCAUCUGGACUGCGUGAAGAUACUGCUCAACGCAGGGGCCAACGUCAACGCGGCCAAGCUGCACGAGACGGCCCUCCACCACGCCGCCAAGGUGAAGAAUGCCGAUCUGGUGGAGAUGCUGGUGGAGUUCGGGGGGAACGUUUACGCCAGGGACAACCGGGGAAAGAAGCCUUCCGACUAUGCCUGGAGGAGCAGCCAGGCCGCCAAGUGCUUUGAGCAUUUCGAAAAAACGCCUCUGAGUUUGUCCCAGCUCUGCCGACUCAGCCUGAGACGCGCCGUCGGUCAGCCAGCCUUGGAGAAGAUCGCCCAGCUCCACAUCCCCGCCAGAUUAAUCAGAUUCCUCUCCUACCAGUGAUAAUUAGCGCAGAGGAGCCGCUGGAGGACAGCACCGAGUCAAUCUCGUGCGAGGAAGCUCUGGCGGUCCUGCUAAUCUCAUACAAAAAACAGAAAGAAAACGGCUUUAACGGGUGUAAAUACUAUUUAUGAGACUUCCGUAGUUUAAAAUCUGACGCGUUGUCCGGCUGUUCCCCUAACAAUGGUUUGAGUUGAGUUGCUUUUUUUUUCUGAGCACGCAAGAUAUUUUGCACAACCGCCAGUCAUCCCUGCAGCAAAUUUGCAGGGGCUCCAAUCACAAGGCUCCAAUUGCGGGUGCGAGCGGAGAGGCUGUCGUCCUUGCUUCACGAUGGGUGCAAACUUUGAAGCGGAGUUCAUUUUCGUGGGUCAGAAACGCGGAUCGUUGGGACCCUUGAGACGUUGAUGGACUCUCAAAUCCCAGCGUCAAGGAUGCUUCAGAGGGAAGGCUCUCCUGGCACCAUCAUUUCCAAUAAUAAUAAUAAUAAUAAUAAUAAUAAUAAUAAUAAUAAUAAUUUAUUAUUUGUACCCUGCCCAUCUGGCUGGGUUUCCCCAGCCACUCUGGGCGGCUUCCAACAAAGAUAAAAAAUACAUUAAAAUAUCACAUAUUAAAAACUUCCCUGAACAGGGCUGCCUUCAGAUGUCUUCUAAAUGUCAGGUAGUUGUUUAUUUCCUUGACAUCUGAUGGGAGGGCGUUCCACAGGGCGGGUGCCACUACCGAGAAGGCCCU